AUGGACGCCGGUGACCGAGGGGUGAAGAAGAUGGCCGUGACGUCAGUCGCGGCAAUGGUGGCCGAGACGACGACAUUCCCGAUCGAUCUUCUCAAAACUCACCUCCAGCUCCACGGCGAGUCCGUUCAGUCUCUCCGCCCAGCGUCGGCGUUCAGGAUCGCGCUCGAGAUAGCUCGGAACGAAGGCCUUUUGGGAAUGUAUAGAGGCCUGUCUCCCGCUGUUUUUCGUCACAUGUUCUACACUCCUACUCGAAUUGUCGGCUACGAGCAUUUGCGCAACAAAUUUGUGCGAUCGUCUGAUCGUUCUCUCCCCCUUUACGGCAAAGCAGUAAUCGGUGGGAUUUCUGGAGCUAUUGCUCAGGUCAUUACUAGCCCUGCGGAUCUCAUCAAAGUAAGGAUGCAAGCAGAUGGCCUUAUUUUGAGCCAGGGACUCCAGCCCCGGUAUGCAGGGCUUUUUGAUGCCCUGAACAAGAUUAUUAAUGCUGAAGGAAUAUUAGGCCUCUGGAAAGGUGUUUCUGCAAAUGUGCAAAGAGCAUUUUUAGUAAACAUGGGAGAAUUAGCUUGUUAUGAUCAUGCCAAAAGGUUCAUAAUCAAGAACCAGAUCUGUGAUGACGAUAUUUAUGCUCACACUCUAUCUUCCGUAAUGUCUGGCCUUUCAGCCACUGCUUUAAGCUGUCCUGCAGAUGUUGUUAAGACUAGAAUGAUGAAUCAGUCUGCUUCAGUGGAAGACAAGAUAAAGUAUAGAAAUUCCUAUGAUUGCCUUGUGAAAACAGUUAAGGUUGAGGGAUUGAGGGCAUUGUGGAAGGGAUUCCUCCCAACAUGGGCUAGGCUUGGACCUUGGCAGUUUGUAUUCUGGGUCUCUUAUGAGAAGUUCCGACAGAUUUCUGGGUUACAAUCCUUCUAACUUAGUCAUGAGGUGGAUUUUUUGAAUGUUUGUACCCUUUUCCUCUUAAUUUUUAUGAUGAUUUAGUCAAGGACUGAAUGCCACAUGAUUUUGUAGUUUCUGGUCGAGGCAUUAGCUCCUAUCAUUCUGGCCAAAUCUCCAUAUUUUUUUAUCUUCUGGAUUCAGUACAUGUACAUAUAGCUAGUAUUUGAAGCUAACUGAUAUAAGUGACUUUAUAUGAUUCAGAAUUCAUUCUUAUAAUUCAAUUUAUCUGGAACUGUAAAAUCUUAAAUGCUUUACUUGUCGGCUAUACCGGAAAUUAGUUGUAGCCUGAAAAAACUAAGCUCAUUUGUAGACAAAAUCUCAAGUGCAUCACUGCAUCAUUAACAGUAAGGUAUUGGUCAUCAACAUUUAUGCAGAGUAUUUGUUCUUAAUUAUUUUACUGGCUCUGACAAUACCUUUUGUUCAGUGUGUGUUACCUUUUAUACUUUUUUACAGCAGGAUUGGAGAUGAUUAUUUUGUUACUGCUACUUGAAUCAUGCAUAUGUACUUGGUUUUGACUUGCUCUAUACUUGUAAGAACAGAUAGGCAGUAUGGGAAUGAUUAGCCACAUGCAAAGGAACGAUUUCUUAUGCUCUGGAUAGUUUGAGGAGAAUUAUUCUCUAAUGGAAGUGGUGUAAACUAGAUGAGGACCUACUGAGACUGGUGCACAGAAUUAAACAUGAAAGGUGGAUAUUUGUGGAGCGAGUCCAGUUGGUUAAGGAGGGAAGGAAUGAGGAACUGAGGAUGACCAACCAAUUUGAUGCAAGUUGUUAAUAUUCUUGGAUUUGGUAUGGCUGCAGUUAAGGCUAUCGAGUUGUGUGCCUCACAAUGGCAGUCUGUGGAUGUCAUUACUGAGACUAUUGAUGACUGUGGCGCCACCCUCUCCUUACUGCUAAUGACUUCUCAUACGCUCCCUUUCUCUAGCUUUCUUUUUUGCCUUAAAACAUUCUACUAGUGUGGUCACACCAUGCCUCUUUUCUUUUUAUCAACAGACUUAUAAUUUCUCAUUUCUCAAGCCUUGUCAUUAGCGAGCACUUAUUAUAAAAAAAAACAUUCUACUACUA